GAACUUUAUAUAUAUAAGGUGUACACAUUUUCUUUUUCCGAGAGGUAGACGUACGAACCACCAUGAAUAUGGCCAGUGACAUGGUUCUUAAAGGUAUGAUUAUGAUUAUAUACUAGGAAACUUAUUAAUCACGUUUUUAAUGAAUUAAUCAGUAAACUAUUUUUAUAUGAUUUUAGGCAAAAUACGAUUUUAAUGAUAUUUUAAGUUUUUAGUUCAAUUUCUUUUGUUGCUCAUAAUGAUAGAAGGAAUAUAACUAUUUGAUGAAUGGAAUAUUUCAUAUUAAUUAUGUAGUAAGUAAUUAUAAUUUUUAAAGCAUAUAUUUAUAGUUUGAGCAUGUACACUUAUUGUUAAAUACCCUAGAUUGUACAUGACAUUCAUAUUUUGUUAAAUACCAGAAAUAGGAAGCAAGGGUAAAAUGGUCAUGUAUUCAUUUAAAAUAUUACAUAGGAAAAUGUUUAUUUCUUUGCAAAAGUGUGUACAUAGGUCCAUGAAAUCAAGUUGAUUACUACCAUCAUAUGCUAAAAUUAACAAAACAGAUCGAUAAUAGUCACCUAUUUAUGAGGUCGAUAUACUAACCUAAGUAGCCAAAUACUUCACCGAUUCAAGCAUCUUCGGGAGCCUUAUCUUUUGAAAGAUUUAUUGAUUUGCUCCUAUUGGCGAGUCCUCUAUACUUGAAACAAUACGUUCCCUCGCAGAUGAAGGAUAAAGUUAGUCACAUCCAAUUUUGUCCCAAAUCCAAGAACAUUCGAUAUAUGCACUGUGUCCUUUGAUAGAAAGCAAUGGUACAGAAGGUAAACAAAUUUCAAUAGUUUUCUAAUGUUUUUCAACAAUUAGUUUCUCUUACCCAUAGUAAAUUCUUUGUGGUUAUUGUAGUUUCUUUUGUUGAUGCUCUUUUAAAUUCUUAACGAGAAAUGAUAAUAUCCCUUUAUCUUACACUAAAAUAAAUAAGUCCAUUACCGGUAAUGCUAUUAGCAUCCACAACGAAUGUUAGCGGCGACUCAAGCUUGAGUCGUCAUUAAAAGUCAUUGUCGCUGCUAAUAACAUCGUCGGUAAUGUUUUGGGGACCGAAUCCACACGUUCGAUUGACAAUCUAAUCCAACGACGAUGGUUCAUUUUCGCACAAACUCAAUAUCGACGAUAAAUCGUCACCGCUAAAGGUCAAAAUUGUCGCCACUAAAGGUGAAAAAAAAAAAGACAUGGUAAUCUUCCAUCCACAAUGUUUGCCGCUGCUAAUGUUUGUUGCCGCUAAAGGGUUAAAUGUCGCCGGUAAAUGUAUCGCAUCUAACAAAAAAAUGACACUUGCUCUUUCACUUUCUGCUUCUUUCGCUUCUAUCUGCCCUCGUUUUUUUUCUUCCCCGUUUCUAUCCAUCGAUGACCGAUUCAACCAACAAGGAGAUUCCGAAGAAGAGGAACUCCCCAUUAUGAGAUUACUGACGAAGGGGACAACAAUUUCCAGCGACACCUAUGCAUCUUCGGCGCCGGUAAGGCUUCAACUUCUAAUUUCUCUCUCUUUCUCUUCUAACAUCAAUUUCCGGCUCCAUAUUGUGAUUAAUUGAAAAAUAAUUGUCGAUUUCAGUUUUUUUGUGUCCUUUUGUCUUGCUCACUAUUUUUUUGUGUCUCUUUGUCUUGGUUACCGCCGGGUACUGUCACCACCGAGGACCACCACCACCACUAUAUCAUCUCUUAAAUUCCAGCCACCAGAGACAAUGUUGUCAAUAUGACUCAUGUGUUUUGUACACCAUGGUUGUUGUUAUGGGUCGUGGACAUAAGGGCGAUCGAGCCGAUGACCUACCUCUUCCAAGCGGUAGAGGUGCUGGUCAGCAUGAGUAUGAUGUUGUGUCACACACGAGUAUCAGAGGAAAAGCGAAAAACAUUAAGCUCGAAAGAGCGAUCUUAAACAAUAAGGGUGAACGAUUGACAUGAACUAUGAUGGGGAUAUCACAUAUGAUCUCGUACGAGAGGCGAAGGACAUGUUUGCACGCAAAAUUGGGAAAAUAAUGUGGCGGAUGGUCCCUUUCGAUAAAAGAACAUUUAGGGACAAAGUUUGAUGUGGAUCGAAUGUCCCGGGAUCUAGACGCUACUAUGUUGUUAGAGAGUUUUGAAGCGGCUUUGUUAAGAGGUUAUCAAGAGCGUAAAACUAAUGCAAAAUAAUAUUUUUUGAAAUUCGGAGGGUAUAAGGAUAUCCCGAAAGCAUUAGCCACCCCCCACAUGAUACGUAGGUUGAUAAUUGGAGGAAAUAAAUUGAGUAUUUCCAAACGGAUGAACACCUAGCUGCUUCGGAAAGAAACAAAAAUGUAACGUCCGGUUCCUGUGUUUUUAGUGUGUGCUUGGAGCCAUUGGAAGAAGGAAAAGCUUGAGGGCAUAAAAAGGAGCUUAUAGAUCCAAAAUCCUUGCCUCAUCCACGACAUUUUACUGAUGUCAAACGCAAACAACGUUGCUGCUAGUUCUUUCACGUUGAUGAGCCUUUGCCAAAAGGUCACCUUCGAUGGAACGAACUUUAGCGAAUGGAUAAGAUACAUUCGCACCAUUGCUCGCUAUAAGGAUAAGGAGUAUGUCCCCGAUGAGAAGCUCGACAAGAUCAACCCUGAAAUCGCUACUCCGGCUGAAAUUACCGCUUUUGAAACUCAUGAGCGAUAUGCAACGAAGGUACAUUGCAUCAUGAUAGCCACCAUGAACUCUGAAUUCCAAAAGUCCUAUGAGGACAUGUACCCGUACGAGAUGCAUCAAGACUUAUUGGAGAGAUACCACCAGAACGCGAGACAAGAGCGUUAUGAGAUUUUCACUAACAUGAUUUCCACUAAGAUGGGUCAUGGAGAAUCUCUUACCGUGCACCUGCAAAAGAUGCAAAGGUAUGUCGACCGCCUUCGCAAGUUAAAUGUUGACUUUGGGGAAGACUUGGCGAUCGACAUGGUGCUUCAUUCUUUGCCUCCGAUGUACAAUCAAUUUAGGAUGACCUACCACAUGAACAAAGAGAAGGUCACCCUAAGCAAACUCCAAGGUCUCUUGAGGGUCGCUGAGAGCAACUUCAAAGACAAGUAUGUUGCACCAACUCCCAAUCCACCUGCUGCUCCUGUCUUGGCUAUUGGUCAAGGAAAGGGAAAGAAGAGGAAGGAUUCGUCUAAGAACUAUCGCAAGGUUAAAGCCCGAGAUGGUGCCUCUUCUAGUGGGACCAAAGUUGAUCCCGCUAAGCCCUGCCCUAACCCGAAGGAGGCAGAGUGCCACCACUGCCAUAAGAUAGGACAUUGGAAGAGAAGCUGCCCAGAGUACCUGCAAGCCAUCAAGGAAGGAAAGAUCAAGCCAUCUUUCGCAGGGACUAAGAAGAAGUAGGGAUGUGGAGCAAGGAAGGAUCAAUCUAAUCAUGGGGAACAGAAGAUCGUCGCCUGCGACCAAGAUUGGAGUGUAUUCUUUAGUGCUUAGGAAUAAUUUAUGUUUAGAUUUGAACAAUUGUUGCUAUUCGCCAGAAAUGGCUAGAAACAUCAUUUCAUUUCAUGGUUUGUUUAGACAAGGUUUUAGAUUUUCUUUUAAUAAUGAGAAUGGUUCUAU